AUGUCUGCGCAGAUUCUCCGACAAGCUAGGUUUGCUCUAGCUGCAUGCUCAUCGUCCCCCGUCCGGAUUGCUCCUCGUCGAUGUUACUCCGCCCUUGUAGCUGCCAGGCUCCAAGACGAUCCCCAUAAUCUUACAGCUGGACCUAGCCACGAUGCAUUUGGGGCGAGUGCCGUAGACCCUCCUCCAGAAAAUAAUCACACGGGAGCUCCUCUGAGUGUCCUUGUUGAGGAAGUUGAGGAAGGAGAGAAGCCCCCAAAUAUUACGAGGUCGUCAAGGAAUAGCAAAAAUGGCAAGAAGUCUGCACCAUCAGACACAGCUCGUACCAGCAGAGUAGAGGCAUACUUAGCUUCCAUUCAUGCCGCGGGCAUCGAGCCCACUCUCGCCGACUUAGAGCGAUGUCGUCCUGCUGAUCACGCGCAUUCUUCCUCGCCACGGUAUCCGGUCGACUAUAAUGCGUUGGUCGAUACACUUUGCCGUUCUUUCAGCAAAGAGCAACUGCGCAAGUUCCUGCAGCAAUGGAAUCCUAACUGCGUGUGGUGUCGUCCAAAUCGCAGGAAGUUGCAGUAUGCAGAAUGGAUCAUCGAAAAGAUGUGGAAUUGGCCAAGCCUAAAGGAUGUUGAGCGUGCUAAGCGGGAUCGCACGGAAGUGUCGGUGAAAUCGAUACCGGUUACUGCAAGCCAGCUCUUCCUGAUCCUUGGUAGAGAUGGCGCUGACUUGCUGGAGAUGUCUCUGGAGUAUAAUGUGCACAUAUCUUUGGCAACACACCCUUUGGCUCUGCGAGUCGAGGGACUGCGAGGAGCAUUGUCCAAAUUAUCUGACCAUUUGACUAAGGUCAAACGGUCGAUCAUCGAAGAGGUCUUCCAGUUGCCUACAAAGAUACCCAUCAGGCCAGAUAUGGUGCAACGAAUAUCACGGCUAGCGGAAGCAUAUCUGGAGAACAUUGGCACCGAGGGAAUGGUCAGGAUUUGUGCCAAAAAUGUUCGUAACCUUGAGAUAGCGAAACGACUGGUUAGCCGAGCGAGCCAUGAGUUAAGUCAUCGUUCGCAACCGGCAAGGCUAGCCUAUUUGCCUUCGCCGCAGGCGGAAUUUCCUGUCCCUAUCACAAUGUUUCCAAACACAUACUCGUUAUACCCUUUCUUGUCACCUCGAUCUCUACCAUGGACUAUGAACAUGGGUAGCGCAUUUAGGGUCAGACGUGUUGGAGAAUGGCUUAGUCAUAAACUAGGAGAGGAUAUACAUGUUACUGGCGGGCUGGCGCGAGGGAAUGGACGCAUUUUAACUGCGACACAGAGUAUAGUUGAUCUUAGCGACGCCCUUUUCCAGAAACUACCACCCAAUCCACCCGGUCAAGUCGUGAAAGCUUCGAUGGGUCAUAUUCUCCUAAAUGCUUCGUCGCCUGCUCAACGAGCUACAUUAGUUCCGCCUCUCAGAGGCAAUCGUCGCUUUUCUGAUAUCCUGACGUGGAUCGCUAACAAUAACGUUCAAUCUUCCUUUGUGCCAAGUCUUCCCGCCCCGCUUGUCAGCUCGUCGCCUACCCAGCAGAAAAUUAUACACCGUCUGACCUACCGUGCUCUUCCUGCGCUUGGGGAAGCCUCUAACGUCGUAUCUCCUGGGUUCAGCAAUCGCGUCCUUUACUUUGAGGUUACCUUGGAUCAGCCUCGUCCCUUGACUAAGUCGUCAUCGUUGCCAGAAGAAGGGGCCACAGUUCAACUUGAUCCGACAGAGUCACAGGCGGGUGAUGAUAUGCUUUUUGAUCUCAAUUCUCCACCUGAAUGUUGGGUCGGCUCUGAAGUACUCACAGAUCUGAUGAUGCCCGAUCGCCCGAUGGAUAUUCGGUUUGCCGCUGUGCAAUCCAGCUAUAUUCCUACAGGAGAAGAACCUAUUGAGCUGCGAACGUAUAUGACAAAUUUAUGCACUUUCUUGGCAGGCAAAGAUCUUGAUGCAAGGCAACCUGAUCCUCCCUUCAUGUUGCGUUUCGGCCCUGAUCUCUUCAUGCUGAACACGAACACCAGUGUAAGACAGAGUGUUGAUCUUAUCACCAUUCCGGGCCCUGCAUCCCAGCCUCAAGAUAGUUCUCAGUCUAUAAGAGUCGUCAACGAGAGCAUUCUAGACCUAGAAAGCAAUCAAAAAUCGACUCAUUGUGAGAUAACAUGCGACGAUCGUACAUCACAAGACGAUUGGCGGCGCUUCCUCCAUGAUUGUGAUAGACUCAGUUCCGCAACUUAUCGUCCUAUAGGUUCUGUUACAUUACAGCAGACAGAUAAUGAGGACCUCUCGUGA